UUAACAAAUGAUGAACUAAAAAUACAUCAAAGACGACAUACUGGAGAGAAACCUUACAGCUGCGUAGUUUGUGGAAAAGACUUUUUAACAAAUGAUGAACUAAAAAUACAUCAAAGACGACAUACUGGAGAGAAACCUUACUGUUGUGCAAUUUGUGGAAAAUACUUUAAAAAAAAUUCUGAAUUAAAACUGCAUCAAAGAACACACACUGGAGAGAAGCCUUAUCAUUGUGAUGUUUGUGGGAAACAGUUUGGAUGUAACUCUAACUUAAAAAAUCAUAAAAGAAUACAUACUGGGGAGAAACCAUAUAGUUGUGAAGUGCGUGGAAAACAAUUUGGAAGCACCUCUAACUUGAAACAACAUCAAAGAAUACACACUGGGGAGAAACCUCACUGUUGUGCAAUUUGUGGAAAAUACUUUAAAAAAAAUGCUGAAUUAAAACUGCAUCAAAGAACACACACUGGAGAGAAACCUUACCAUUGUGAUGUUUGUGGAAAACAGUUUGGAUGUAACUCUAACUUAAAAAAUCAUAAAAGAAUACAUACUGGGGAGAAACCAUAUAGUUGUGAAGUGUGUGGAAAUCAAUUUACAACAAACCGUUCCUUAAAAUAUCAUCAAAGGAUACAUACUGGGGAGAAACCUCACUGUUGUGGAAUUUGUGAAAAAUACUUUAGAACAAAUGCUGAAUUAAAACUGCAUCAAAGAACACACACUGGAGAGAAACCUUACCAUUGUGAUGUUUGUGGAAAACAGUUUGGAUGUAACUCUAACUUUAAAAAUCAUAAAAGAAUACAUACUGGGGAGAAACCAUAUAGUUGUGAAGUGUGUGGAAAACAAUUUGGAAGCACCUCUAACUUGAAACAACAUCAAAGAAUACACACUGGGAAGAAACCUUAAAGUUUUAUGAUUUGUAAAAAAUAAUUUUGAAGUAACUGUAACUAUAAACUAUACAUUUGUGGUCUAUGUGUAAUAGAAUAUUAAAGUGAUUUAAAAAUGUAUCAGAAAAUACACAUUGGUCAGAAACCUUACAGUUGUGCAGCUUGUGUAAAAUGCUGGGACAAAUUGAUGUUUAAAAAUAUAUAAAAUAAUACGAAAUGCAGAGAACAGUUGUGCAGGUUGUGGAAAAGAUGUUGGAACAAAAACUGAAGUAAAACCAUAUAAGACAAGAUAUGUAUUAAUGUCUGUUGAUAUGUUAAUAGGACAAAUUAUUAAAAGAUUUUGUGAUAAACAGCCACCUGAAGUAUGAAUAAAUACUAUAUUGUACUCGUA